CCAGUCAGCUAUAACCGUAAAGCUCAAAUGGAUUUUGGUUUAAAUUCAGUUUACAGCGGUCAUGCUGUAGGCAAUGCUUUCAGCGGAGGAGGUCACGAAGGCGUUCCGGCUGAACAGGCACCAUUGAGUCCACCUGUGAAUUACCAGUCGCCCUUUCAAAAAACCUGCGAGUUUGAAAUGGAACAGUUUCUGCAGUGCACCAGAAAUAAUGAUUUGUCAGUUUGUGAAGGCUUUAAUGAAGCCUACAAGGAGUGCAUGAAGCGCAGUGGACUUUAG